GGAUUAGGUGGGACAUCAGCAGAAACUGUUUCACAGAAAGGGGGAUCAGACACUGGAACGCCAGGGAGGCGGUGAAGUCGCCGUCCCUGGAGGUGUUUAAGACUGGACGUGUCUCUCAACCAUAACAACCAUGAUGUGGUUGUUAUGGUGGUGGUCGGUCGUAGCUUGGACUCAGUGAUCUCAGAGGUGAAAUUUGGAAAUACAACAUUUAAGACAGACGUGUAUCCCAAAUCACUUAAUCCUCAGUGGAAUUCUGAGUGGUUCAAAUUUGAAGUAGAUGAUGAAGAGCUCCAAGAUGAGCCUCUCCAGAUCACAGUUCUUGAUCAUGAUACAUACAGUGCCAAUGAUGCAAUUGGCAAAGUGUACAUAGAUAUUGAUCCUCUGCUCUAUAGUGAAGCAGCCACAGUUAUUUCAGGAUGGUUUCCAAUUUAUGAUACCAUUCAUGGUAUACGUGGGGAGAUCAACGUGGUGGUGAAAGUAGAUCUCUUCAAUGAUUUAAACAGAUUUAGGCAGUCAUCCUGUGGAGUCAAAUUUUUUUGCACUACAUCUAUUCCUAAGUGUUACAGAGCAGUAAUUAUUCAUGGAUUUGUGGAGGAGCUUGUAGUUAAUGAGGACCCAGAGUACCAGUGGAUAGACAGGAUCCGUACUCCCAGGGCAUCGAAUGAGGCUCGACAAAGACUCAUUUCACUUAUGUCAGGUGAAUUGCAAAGGAAGAUUGGCUUGAAGGUGCUUGAAAUGAGAGGAAAUGCUGUUGUUGGUUAUUUGCAGUGUUUUGAUUUGGAGGGAGAGUCUGGACUUGUAGUGAGAGCCAUAGGAACAGCCUGCACGUUGGAUAAAUUAAGUAACACAUCAGCAUUUUUACCUGCAUGUAACUCCCCAUCCAAAGAAAUGAAGGAGAUUCCUUUCAAUGAAGAUCCCAAUCCCAAUACAUAUUCAUCAGGACCCUCCACCCCUCUGAAAAACCAAACCUAUUCCUUUUCACCUUCCAAGUCCUACAGUCGACAGUCCUCUUCUUCUGACACAGAUUUGAGUUUGACACCCAAAACUGCACCUUCCCCACAGGGACCUAGGAUUUUCCUGUUUCCCAGCUCCCCUACACUCUCUUGUGAUUCCCCACAUCUUAAAAAGUCCUGUCUCCUCCUCUCGGGGUCUAGCAUUAAACCUCUACACUCUAGCCAUGUCAGCCCAGUUGUUCUGAGGAAAAGUGUUUCUUUCACUGAAGAGCUGCUUCUGGCUGCUUCUGGAAUGGGCAGUGGGAGUGCUGGAAAAGAAGGGGGGCCAUUUAAAACUCUUUUAAGACAACAGACUCAGUCAGCUCUGGAACAAAGGGGAGGAUCGCCCCAUAGGUUCUGUAGAAGGCGGGAAUUCCCAUUUUUUACCUUGACGACCUUCCCACCAGGCUUUCUAGUCCAUGUUGGGGGUGUUGUCAGUGCUCGCUCAGUGAAGCUCCUGGAUCGCAUCCACAAUCCUGCCUUUGUCGGAAUAAUGGGUAACACAAGAUCAUACAAACUGCUAGACUGGAAUAGUUUCAAUUCAGAUGAACCAGAGACACGAGAUGCCUGGUGGGCAGAAAUCAGACAAGAAAUAAAAUCCCAUGCCAAGGCAUUGGGUUGUCAUGCUGUAGUGGGCUACAGUGAAUCAACCAGCAUUUGUGAAGAGGUCUGUAUUUUGUCUGCAUCUGGCACAGCAGCUGUACUGAACCCUAGGUUCCUUCAGGAUGGCACCAUGGAAGGCUGUUUGGAACAAAGGUUGUCAUGGCAGCCUGGCUUCUUUUCCAUAGGGUCAGAGAAGGGAGAGGUUGAUUUUUUUCCUCAGAGCCAAGAUAGUUCUUCUCUAUUAGGGAUUGAAGAAGCUUCACCACCAGGUUGUGGAUUUUGCCAUAUCCCAUAUGAUGAAUUGAACAUGCCAUUUCCUGCUCACCUCACUUACUGUUACAACUGCAGGAAGCAAAAAGUUCCUGAUGUCCUUUUUACCACAAUUGACCUUCCUGUAGAGGCAAUAGUUGUUGGAAAGGGAUGUCUUAUUCAAGCCAGAUUGUGCCGUCUGAAGAAGAAAGCUCAGGCUGAAGCAAAUGCAACCUCUAUCAGUAACCUCUUGCCAUUCAUGGAGUAUGAAGUGCACACACAACUGAUGAACAAACUGAAGCUGAGAGGAAUGAAUGCCCUCUUCGGGCUGAGAAUUCAGAUCACGGUGGGGGAAAAUAUGCUGAUGGGCUUGGCAUCUGCAACAGGUGUGUAUUUAGCAGCUUUGCCAACACCUGGAGGUAUUCAGAUUGCUGGGAAGACUCCAAAUGAUGGCACCUAUGAACAGCACAUAUCCCAUAUGCAAAAGAAAAUAAAUGAUACAAUAGCAAAAAACAAGGAACUUUAUGAGAUUAAUCCUCCAGAGUUACCUGAAGAAAGUAUUGGGUCUCCCAUUCCAGAGCCAAGACAACGUUCCAGGCUAUUGAGAUCUCAGUCAGAAAGCUCUGAUGAAGUUACAGAGCUUGACCUUUCCCAUGGGAAGAAAGAUGCUUUUGUCUUGGAGAUUGAUGACACAGAUGCAAUGGAAGAUGUACAUUCUUUACUGACAGAUGUUCCACCACCUUCUGGUUUUUACAGUUGCAACACAGAAAUUAUGCCUGGUAUAAACAACUGGACACCAGAAAUUCAAAUGUUCACAGCAGUUAGAGUGUCCAGAUUAAGCAACAUUAACCCAACAAAUCAAACACUCAAUAAGAACUUUAAUGAUCUCUGUGAGAAUCUGUUGAAGAGUUUGUAUUUUAAACUCCGGUCUAUGGUUCCCUGCUGUCUUUGCCAUGUAAACUUCACAGUUGCUCUGCCAGAGGAUGAAUUAGUUCAGAUUGCAGUCACAGCUGUUGCCAUUACAUAUGACAAACACCAAGCACUACAAGCCAACAAAGCACCUACAGAAAAAUCACAGCAAAGAGCAUCUACAGACAAUGAAGAACAGCUACAAUUUCCCUUGGAACUUUGCUCUGAUCCUCUUUCUUCUCAAUCAUUCUCUCCAUCUAAAGAAGUCCUGGAGGGUGCAAGUUCCCACACAGGUAUUCCUGCUGCUCAGAGAGCAACGGCAGUUGAUUACAGUUCCUUUGCAGACAGAUGCAACAGCUGGAUAGAGCUCAUUAAACUGAAAGCUCAGACCAUAAGGCGCGGAUCAAUUAAGACAACUACUUCCCUUGAAAAAGCAAGUCCAUUGGCUGAGGGAUACUUACGGCACCGUUCUGUCCCGUCAUGCACCAAUUCCACUGUCUCAGUUGUUAAGAUGACACCUCUUUCCUUUCUCCCUGGGGCGAAAAUAACCAAAUAUCUUGGCAUAAUCAACAUGUUUUUUAUACGAGAAACCACUUCUUUGCGUGAGGAGGGUGGUGUCAGUGGUUUCCUCCACGCUUUUAUUGCUGAAGUGUUUGCCAUGGUGAGAGCUCAUGUUGCAGCUCUGGGAGGGAAUGCAGUUGUGUCAUACAUAAUGAAGCAGUGUGUUUUCAUGGAGAACCCAAACAAAAAUCAGGCUCAGUGUUUGAUCAAUGUCAGUGGUGAUGCUGUCAUCUUUGUCCGUGAAUCUGAGCUAGAAAUGCUGCCAGUGCAGCCUUCUACAGCUGCUCCUCAGCCUGCAAGUUCUGCAGGAGAUGUUACAACAUGAAGGCAGAACAAGUGAAGUAGUCUCUGCAAAAUGUAAAGAUUAUUUAAAAUGUGGGACUGUUCAGGUUUGCAUCUUCAAAGUCAGUAUUUCUCCAUGACAUUCACAGCCAAAAUCCAAGACAAUCACUCUUUUUUUAUUGUCAUAUAACUUACAUAAGUCAGAGCAGGUGUGCUCUGGUUCUUCUAUUGCUGUUCCUGGCCUCUGUGAAACCAGGCAGCAGGUGAAGCACUGAUAGCAGAACAUGGAUUACAAUAGCAGGCAUCACAUGGAACUGUGGAAUGAAGGAAAAAUUCUGUUGCUUUUUUGAGCUGUUCAGUGGGACCAUCAUAAGUUGUCAUUCAGAACCAUUUCUGAGUUUGAGUGUUGUCUGGGCUGAUACUCAGCUUGGGUCAGGGUGGGAGCGAGGUGCCUGUGUUGGAAACCUUUGAGGAAGAAAGGAGAGAUUUGUGUGCAGGCCAAGAAAACAUAGGCUGGACUCUGAAAUUCCUUUCCACUGUAGAGUGUGAAGAGGAAAAAGCAGUACCAAAAAGUUAGGGUCUGAAUUUCUGCACAUUAAAAGUAUUUUUUUCUUGUUUUGCUGUUGUUUUUAUAUUUGGGGGUGUUUUUUGUUUUUUUAAUUGUUUUUUAAAAGCUGACAGACCACAAUGCUGUGAUCCUGAGCAUCUCUGUGGUGGGACAAAAAAAAAAAACCCAGAACACAACAAAAAGUUCCAGGGUGUGUCUGGUGCUAUUAUAAGAUGUUCACUUCAGUAUUCACAAAGCAGGUCUUUUUGUUAUUUAAGACUUUGUGAAAGAAUUGUCCUGAGAUUCAUUUUCUUAAGGCAGAAAUGUCCUUGUUUCAAGGACAACAUAAACAGUCCCUCAAAACUCAGUUGUGCAGAGGUUAUUCUGCAGCCUCCUUUCUGUUUAAAUGCCUGGCUAACUGGAGAUUGAUGUGUGUGUGUGACACUGGUUCCUGCAGGUUGCUUUUGUGUUUGGGGUUUUGUUUGGGAUUUUUUUGUUCUUUUCCAGUGCUGUAGCUGGGAAAUAAGGGUACUGCAAAGACAGGAAAUUUGUCAUUUCCAGUAAAAGUCUGAAAGGUGAUACUCUAUUGUAAAAAAAAAAAACAACCAAAAGAACAUCAACUUUUAUUUGAAGAUGCAUUCUUGCUUAAUUCUGACAAUAUUGUACAUGGAACUUGAACAAAGUUGUAAACUUGAAUGUAAAUAUUCUGUUUAGUGUUGAAAUUAAGCAAUGGCAUGAUUAUUUGUUAAAAUUAAUUAUUUCAUUGUAAAUGAGCAUGAAAAAUCAUUCUUGCACAAUAAAUCUCUUUAUAAAAUCCA